GAUCGCUGCGACUACGACUACUUCGAGUGUAAAGAGCUUUUCAUGGCAACUUGCAGAAUUACAAGAUGUGGUAUUGGUGGCCCACUUAUCAAUCGCUAUGGAGAAAUCAUCGGUAUCUGCUUUCAUGAUGUCUCCUCUAUUGCAUUCUUGCCGAUCAAUAUAGCUUCCAUAUGGUGGGAACAUUAUAAGAAAUAUAGGCAACCACGUCGGCCGCGGCUCGGGAUGGAGGUAGCUAAUCUCUAUGCAGCUGACUUAGAAAUUCUUGAAAGAAUUAUUUCAAAGUUCCCUGAAGUCAUGGAAGGCGUCAUUGUUGAAGAG